GAAAGUGACGAUGUUUUGACAUUUGGAAAAUGCACAUACGAUAAAAUGCCACAAAUGGAAGAAUUUUCAGAUGAUCGUGUGCUUUGCGCAGAACUAAAUUUCCUGGAAGAUGGGUGUAUUGCAAAAGUUGUAGAUGAUCGUAAUUUCGAAUCGGAUCGUCUGGUAUGCUGCUGCACUGAAGAAUGUGAAUUAAUGGGUUUUGUUGUGCAAGCACUGACAAAAGAUAUUGAAGAGCGUAUUUCGGAGGGACGGGAUUAUUGGUGA